AGCAGCAGGUGUUGUCAGCAUGUCUUUAGCGGAUCAGCAGUGGAGUCCCACAAGCGUCCAGGUAACGGUGCUCCAAGCCAGAGGCCUCAGGAUAAAGGGGAAAAGCGGCACCAAUGACGCGUAUGCGGUUAUGCAAGUGGGCAAGGACAAGUACCAGACGUCGGUGGCGGAGAAAAGCGUGGCUCCGGUGUGGAAAGAGGAAGCCUCCUUUGACCUGCCGCCGCUGCUGCUUCAGGCAGGAGGAGGAGGUGGAGGGAAGGACCGCAGCACGCUGCACGUCCAGGUCCUGCACCGCGCUCUGGUGGGACCUGACAAGCUGCUGGGCCAGGCUGUCAUCAACCUGCUGCAGCUCAGUGAGGACAAAACCCGCAACAAGACAGAGUGGUUUAAGUUGCUGGACAAAACCGGUAAGCCGGACAAAGACCGUGGAGAGGUCCUUCUGGACGUCCAGUUCAUGAGAAACAACAUGACCGCCAGCAUGUUCGACCUCUCCGCUGCAGGGAAGUCCCGCUCCCGACUGGGAAAGCUUAAGGAUAAAGUCCGUGGAAAGAAAAAGGAGCUGGACUCCUCAUCAGGUGUGGUGCCUUCGCCCACUCAGGUUCUGACGGACAGCGAAGAAGAGGACGCUAAUGGAGGCAGAGAGAGAGGAAAAUCGAAGCAAAGCAAAAGGAUGUCUUUGUUUUCGCCGAAAUCCAACCUGCAGAAGAACUUGUCUCAGUCCAUGUCCGUCCUGCCUGCGAAGAACUCCUCGCUGAGCGGGAGCCAGUCGUCUGGGCUGAACGUGGACUCCUCCGAGGGCAAAAAGAAGUUCAUGUUCAAGAUACAUAAGCACUCCAGCAGCUCUGACAGCAAAGACUCGUCCUCUGGCCAACAAAAACAGGAGCAGAGCAAUUUGUGCAUCAACGGCAGCCAUGUUUACUGCGAGCAGCCGCCGCCUCGGACGUCUCGCUCCGGAUCCAGCUUCAGCCUGUCAAGUUCAGGACGUGGAUCAAUGGAGGAUGUCCUGGAAAACCCGUCUCCAUCUGUGGAUUCGCUUAAAGCAGUGAGGGAGUAUUCACCCUGGAUGGAAGAAGAAGAGGAGGAACAGAAGGAGGAGGAAGAUGAAAAUAUUAAGGAUUUAAGAAAAGAGGAAGAAGAAAAGACCAAGUUGGAAAAGGAUAUGAGAGAAGAGGAAGAGGAGGCCAUCAGGAAACAACAAAAGGAGCUGGAGAGGUUGGCUGAAGAAAAGUUGAGACAAGAAGAGGAAAAGGUCAGGAAAGAGGAGGAAGAGCGACAAAAACUAGCAGAAGAAGAGAGAAUAAAAGCAGAGAAACAAAGAGAAGAGGAACUGGAGAAAAUGAGACUUGAAGAGGAGAGAAUAAGGAAGGAGGAGAGGAAUAACAAGGAAAGAAGGGAGGAGGAAAUGAGGAAGCAGGAGAAGUUGGCAAAAGAAAAGAAGGAAAACAAAAUAAAAGAAGAAGAGAAAGGUGUUGGAACAAAAAUCAAACUGAGACUUCCUGUAGAAAUCACUUCCACUAAUCCUUUUGAUGAAAACUUCACUCCACCUGAGGAAACUCCCAAAUCGUCUAAAGCAAAACCUGAUGAUCAAAGAUGUCAGUCCUCAGCGGAAAGCGGGGCAGCUUCCACCAGCGAAAAGGACCCAACUAACAUUCAGCGGGAAAAAAGAGCGGCUCCUAAGCCUCCGGGAAGGAAUCAGCAGGAGAGACAGAAACAGAAGGAGGAGGAGACGGCGACACAUCUGCCACAAAUUAACAAGCAGAAUAAAGACAAAGAUGUCAAAACUGUCAGCGUUGCUCCCCAGCGCUCGGUGCAGAUGAUCGCUCCUCCAAACAGAUCUUCCAAAGAUUUGAGAAACACCCAGAGCAUGACGGAGCAUGAUUCUGCCAAAGAAGCGACAGGCAAACACAAUAAACGUCCUGCUCCAUCCAUACCGUGCGCUGCAGAAGAUGAGCUUCACAGAGCUGCGGCGGAGAUUAAAGACGGCGCCGUUUGUGGUUUAAACCCGUUUGAGGACGAUGAGGAGGAGGAAAAUGAGCUCACGGUUCGUAAGGAUGCAACAACCUUUGUUAAAACUGAUCCAGUAGUUUGGCCUCAAGCUGCUGACAAAGAUUCUGCUAAAGUCAAAUCCUCAAAAGUAGCUCGAGCUCCCCUACCUCCUGAUCCAAAUGACACUCCUUCAAGCUCCACCGUCAGUCGAAACCAUGACGAAACUGAUGUUUUAGAUGACAGUGGAGCGACUGCUCCAAACAAGGCAUGCAACACACAACAAGAGGUCAAAAGUCACGUACAGGUCCAAGAGAGUCCAAACAAAGAGUCCAAGAAGGUUGUGACCACGGCUGGUGCAAGAGAGGAGGGGCCUCCGGUAAUUUCACGCAGACUUCAGCCUGUAAAACCCCUUAAUCCUCUGGAGCAGCAGUCUGACUCAGUUGGUAAAGUUGGAAAUGAUAACAAUGCCACAGGAUUAGACUGUAAUGGAGUUCAGCACAAAACAAAUGUUGGCACAGGGAGAUCAGGGCCGUACUCCCAGCUGACUCGAGAGGAACUGAUCGCUCUGUUGUUGAAACAGGAGAGCCAGCUCUCUGAGAGAGAUAAAAAGAUAUCAGAGCUGGAGCAGUACAUUGACAACUUACUGGUGCGAGUCAUUGAAGAGAGUCCAAGUAUCCUCAUGUCCAUGAGCUCUUUAAAGAAGCCUGCCUAAGUGGAUUUAUAGCUGACACUCUGAAUCAGAUCAGAUCCCUGAGGUCUGACUUUAUUCAUUUCACGACUACAUGAGAAACCUGGCUUCCCACGAUGUGUUCAUCACUGAAUACUGGCUCUUUUGUAGUAGGAUAAACCUUAAGGUUAAUAUAUCAAGAGAAAUCAAAGAGAAGAGAUGAAAUAUUACUGUGAUGACUGUAGCAGUUUCAAUUAAAUAUUUUUUUUUUUUUAUACAAGAAAAUUCUGUCUUUCAGUCAAGUGUAAAAGGGCAUUCAUAUAUGUUCAUUGCUUAAAGUUCAAGCUUAAAAGACUUGCUAUACUGCCUGGUUAAAUGAAAACAUUUUUCCCCUGCCUGGUCCAAAAGAGCCUUAUGUGCUGUAAUUAUAUUUUCUUUUUUUCUUUGUAUUCUGCAAACCAAGAGCACUUUAUCUUUGAAUGUUAAACACUGAAAAAUAUACACCGUCUUUGGAACUGGGUGAGCUGUUUUUGUAUAUUUGCAAAAUAAAAUUAAAAAUGUAUAAAUCUA